GCCCCUGGCUCCCGCAGGUUCACAGGUUCUCGCGGAGCAGCCAGAGCCCUCAGCUCACUUUCACUCAGCACUGGCCCUUGCCGACACCUGACCAUGUGCACGGGGAAGUGCGCCCGCUGCGUAGGGCUCUCUCUCAUCCCGCUCUCCUUGGUCUGCAUCGUGGCCAACGCUCUCCUGCUGGUGCCUAAUGGACAGACCACUUGGACCGACCACCUCAGCUUGCAAGUCUGGCUCAUGGCUGGCUUCGUCGGGGGCGGCCUGCUGAUCCUAUGUCCGGGAAUUUCAGCUGUUCGCGCGGGAGGCAAGGGCUGCUGCGGAGCAGGCUGCUGUGGCAAUCGCUGCAGGAUGCUGAAUUCCAUCUUCUGCUCAGCCGUUGGGGUGCUUGGCGCGAGCUACUGCCUCGGCGUGUCGGGUACCGCGCUCCAAAACGGACCCAACUGUUUAAUAGACGGCAAGUGGGACUACCACUUCCAAGACAGCGGGGGCAGCUACCUGGUCAACGACACGCUGUGGGAGCUGUGCGAGGCGCCGCCGCGCGUCGUGCCCUGGAACGUGACGCUCUUCUCCCUGCUGGUGGCCGCCUCGUGCCUGGAGCUCGUGCUCUGCGGGAUCCAGCUGGUGAACGCCGUCCUGGGCGUCCUCUGUGGAGACUGCAGGAAGCGCGAGGUCCACUGAGGAUCCCCGGACGGCCGCCUCGUCCUCCCCGGCUCCUGGAUGCCCCCCGCCCGACCCGCCAACGCCCCGCCUGUGGAAUAAACUGCUCUCGACUGUC